AUGGCUCAUCAGUUGUACAGAAAUACCUCUUUGGGAAACAGUCUCCAGGGCAGCCUUAAUGAGCUCAUACAGUCUCAACAGAUCACCGCCCCUACCACCACUAAGUUGCCCUUCAAGUUACCUCAUUUUGAUAAAGCUAUAAAUUCAGUAUUGGUGCAGAUGGUCAGGAACGGAGUCAAUUUCAGGAGCUCUCUAAAUACAAACAGAUUCUGUGAUAACGAGUGGAAUUUUGUAUUGAAUGAUGUUGAAUUCAGAAAGGUGACAGAACUUACUAAAGUGGAUAAAGUGAAAAUUGUAGCCACUGAUGGUAAAGAUACUGGCUCCAAUUCUACAGAAUGAAUAGAAAAAAAUGGCUUUUUUAUGCCAUCUUCUUUUAUUAUUCAUCUCUUUUUUGAAGAGAAGCAUAGCAGAGACAUUUUUUAAUUUAUUCUAUCAUCGCAGAAAUGACUGCACUAUGCUAUAUAUACUAUCAGAAUUCUAGUAGAAAGAGG